UGUGCUGGGCGGGGCCUCCAUAAAGCCGCCCGGCGGCCUGACUGGCGCUCGGGGUCUGUGCCCAGAAUGUCCGCGGAGCCGUCGGCCGCCCGCGGGCUCCUGCCGCUGCUGCUGCCGCUCCUGCCGCUGCCGCAGGUGACUCUGGGCUUCUCGGACCGCAGCUGCGACCCCUCGGACCAGUGCUGCUGUCCACGCAGGUGCCCGCCCCAGGCCCGCUGGAGCAGCCUGUGGCACGUGGGGCUCGUCCUGCUGGCCGUGCUGCUGCUGCUGCUGUGUGGGGUCGCAGCCAGCUGUGUCCGGUUCUGCUGCCUCCGGAAGCGGGCCCAUGCCCGGCCGCGCCUGCCGUCCAGGCCUCAGCCCUGCGACCUGACGUUCGGCCCCGUGGACAGCGACAGCCCCGUGCACAGCACCGUGACCUCCUGGUUCCCGGCAGCCUACAGCUCCGUGCAGUACCCGCUGGGCACGCGGCUGCCCCUGCCCUUCGGGGAGCUGGACCUGGACUCCAUGACCCCUCCUGCCUACAGCCUCUACGCCCUGGAGCUGCCUCCCUCCUACGACGAAGCUGUCAAGAUGGCUAAACCCGGGCAGGGAGAGGCUCCUCCUCAGUAGCCUAGCCCCCUUUCUGGGACCUCAGACCCAGAAAGCUCUCCAGGGCCCAGGGGCUGAGCCGCAAAGCCCAACACCACCAGCUGUGGCCCUGGCGCCACUCCGAGGGGCGGGGAAGGUCUCCUGAGCUCCCAGGGCCACCAGCCACCUCGUGCUCCCAGGAGACCCCAGUCCACUCUCAGCAUCCUUCCCCGGGGAAGGGCAGACGUCCAGCACAUUGCUGCAGCCCGAGCCCUGUCGCCACGCGACUCCAGGCAGACACACACACACGAGCGCGCACGCACACACACACAGGUUGCCACGUCCAGCCCCUGGCCUGCCCCAGCAGGCCCUCUGCCUGAAGGGCGUCCCCAAGGUCUAAGCCUCCACACAUUUCCGGAGAGAAUAAAAUUUGUAUCUAA